AUGCUUCGAAGACUGGGUGCGAAUGCCGACAAGCUGGCGAGGCCGGUGAACAAGAAUGCCGUGACGGUGUCCCGCCGCCACCUUGAGCCCAUGAGCACAUGGUAUUUGGCCUCAUGGACCAUGGUGUGGUACUACGCCUUUUUCUUCUGGAUGCCAAUGGUGUGGACGGACCUGAUGGUGCCGUCGUUCGUGUACAACAAACUUCCUGUCAUUCAUUUUCUACAGGAAAAGCGGGCAGAGCAGAAGCUGCGCCGUGUGCUUGAUGAGACCUGCACGGAAUGGACCGAAGAACUUGAUCAGGCGCAUAUCACUGAGGCCAUCACGCGAUCAUUCAAUUUGUGA